AUGCGGCUCGUCUCGUCGAAGCGCGAGCCGAUGCGCGACGGGGGCGACGGCAUCACCCUCGCCGACGGCCAGGAGUGGCACCUCUUCCUCAGCCACGUCUGGAGCACGGGGCAGGUGGACGCGAGGCUCAAGGAGAGGCUCGCCGGAGAGACGACCUUCCUCGACGGCGUCUCGUACCCCGGCCUCUUCUCGGCCACCAAGACGCACCGCGCGACACUUUAA